CCGGAGCCCGGAGCGCCGUGGUGGCUAUCGGCGCCCUGGUCCGCGGAAUGACCCGCCCGCGGCUCGCCGCGUCCGCCGCCCACGACCCCUAGGACACUGGACACCACCCGCCCUCGGCUCAGCCCCGCCGGCGCACACCCGGUCCGCCAAGCCGAGCGUCUCUGGUCCGUUCUCAGGGCAGCCCGCCUGAGGUUUUGCAGAUCCUGAAGCAAAUUUGGAAUUGUUCCACACCAUGGAAAUGGAAACCACCGAACCUGAGCCAGACUGUGUAGUACAGCCUCCCUCUCCUCCUGAUGACUUUUCAUGCCAAAUGAGAAUCUCUGAGAAGAUCACUCCAUUGAAAACUUGUUUUAAGAAAAAACAGGAUCAAAAGAGAUUAGGAACUGGAACCCUGAGGUCAUUGAGGCCAAUAUUAAAUACCUUGCUAGAAUCUGGCUCUCUUGAUGGAGUUUUCAGAGCUAGAGACCAAAAUGCAGAUGAAAGUACCUUACAUGAACGUAUGGUGAAAAAGCCCCUGGAAAUCAACCCUUCAUGUUCACCGGCAGAAAACAAUAUGUCCGUCCUGAUUCCUGACGGGACAAAUGUUGAGGGCCAAUUACCAGAAGCUCAUCCUUCUACUGAUGCUCCAGAGCAGGUGGUUCCGAUCCAGGAUCACAGUUUUCCAACAGAAACCAUCAGUGGGACAGUGGCAGAUUCUACCCCAGGACACUUCCAAACUGACCUUUUACAUCCUGUUUCGGGUGAUGUUCCCACUAGUCCUGACUGCAUAGAUAAAAUGAUGGAUUAUGUUCCAGGAGCUUUCCAAGACAAUAGUUUUACAAUCCAGUAUAUUUUGGAUACCAGUGAUAAGCUGAGUACUGAACUCUUCCAAAACAAAAGUGAGGAAGCUUCCCUUGACCUUGUGUUUGAGCUAGUAAACCAGCUACAGUACCACACUCACCAAGAGAAUGGAAUUGAAAUCUGUACGGACUUUCUUCAAGGCACUUGCAUUUAUGGCAGAGAUUGUUUGAAACAUCACACCAUAUUGCCCUAUCACUGGCAGAUCAGAAGGACAACCACUCAAAAGUGGCAGAGUGUUUCCAAUGAUUCUCAGGAGCACUUGGAAAGAUUUUAUUGUAACCCAGAAAAUGAUAGAAUGAGAAUGAAGUAUGGAGGACAAGACUUUUGGGCAGAUUUGAAUGCUAUGACUGUAUUUGAAACAACUGAAUUUGACCAACUACGAAGGCUGUGCACACCACCCUGUAGGAAUACAAGCUCUAUUUACAACACAUUUUGGAAAUUCUUCUGUAGAGACCACUUUGGAUGGAGAGAGUAUCCCGAGUCUGUUGUUCGAUUAAUUGAAGACACCAACUCUCAGGGUCUGAAAGAAGUUAGAUUUAUGAUGUGGAACAACCACUACAUCCUUCACAACUCAUUCUUCCGGAGAGAAAUAAAGCGGAGACCCCUUUUCCGCUCCUGUUUCAUACUGAUCCCAUAUUUACAAACACUUGGAGGGGUUCCCACUCAGGCUUCUCUGCCUCUUGAAGCAACUUCGUCACAAAUCAUCUGCCCAGAUGGAGUAACUUCAGCAAACUUUUACCCUGAAACAUGGGUUUAUAUGCAUCCAUCUCAGGACUUCAUCCAAGUGCCUGUUUCUGCAGAGGAUAAAAGUUACCGAAUCAUUUACAACCUUUUUCAUAAGACUGUACCUGAAUUUAAAUACAGAAUUUUACAAAUAUUGAGAGUCCAAAACCAGUUUCUUUGGGAGAAAUAUAAAAGGAAAAAAGAAUAUAUGAACAGAAAAAUGUUUGGCCGUGACCGAAUAAUAAAUGAGAGACACUUAUUUCACGGAACAUCCCAAGAUGUAGUGGAUGGGAUCUGCAAGCACAACUUUGACCCUCGCGUCUGUGGAAAGCAUGCUACAAUGUUUGGACAAGGCAGUUAUUUUGCAAAGAAGGCAAGCUACUCUCAUAACUUUUCUAAGAAGUCCUCCAAAGGAGUCCACUUCAUGUUUUUGGCCAAAGUGUUGACUGGCAGGUAUACAAUGGGCAGUCAUGGCAUGAGAAGGCCCCCUCCAGUCAAUCCUGGCAGUGUCACCAGUGACUUGUAUGACUCUUGUGUGGAUAAUUUCUUUGAGCCUCAGAUUUUUGUCAUUUUUAAUGAUGACCAGAGUUACCCUUAUUUUGUUAUCCAAUAUGAAGAAGUCAGUAACACUGUUUCCAUUUGAAGAUCUUGGUACUACUAAGUUAUUGGAUAUGAACUCAAGUUCAGCGUUUGUAGCAGGCUUGGGUGGGGCUGGGUGGGAAACAGCAUUGAACAGAAACAGAAUUCUUUUCAGGCCCAAUUUCUUAAGUGCUAGAAAGUAAUUUUUUAAAAGAAACAAUGGGUUUUUAAAUGACCGCUCACUAUUUACUUAUUUACUAAUUGCUAGUGUACUCAGUGUGAAGAAGAGUGAAGAGUGCGUUCACACUUGUACAUGUAGGUAGCAGUGUUAGCAGUGUUUGGAGACGAAAACAAAGACAACUGACUAGCCUAUUGAAAUGUUGCUUGGGGCUGGCAGAAGUUUGAGUAGAGGCUGUGAGCAAAGUGAAGAUUCUGUGUACUUUACAGAUAGAACCAAUGGGAACUGACACUACCAUGCUUAUUACCUACCAAAGCAUCGUGUGUUACACCUCAGAGGAGAAUAAACUCCCGUAUUCCUGGUAGGCAGGAACAGUUUUUCAUUCUGUGGCCAGGGCUGAAAUACAUCACCCACUCAAAAAUCUCCAGAAUUUUCCUGAGAAUUCAGGGUCUGUUCAGAGGAAGUAAAAUAAUAACAAUAAAGGAACCAUUUGAAAAAAUUGUCACCAGCAAAAUUUCCAUUAAUUAGUUGUGGGUUGUGAUACAUGUGUUAAAAUUCAGCCAUGGAAAACUCAGUCUCUUCCAUUGUUGCCCACUUUAGUUUCAAAGUUGGACAGCUAUGUUGGUGAAAGCCAAUCUUGAGGGUUAAAAGUACUUCUUUUUGGAUUCCAAGCCUACCCCUGGGCUGGCAUUAGACAGAAGACAUCUACAUCCAAAGCGAAAAGGUUGCUUACUGUGCUUUGCACAAAGCAGAUUCCUAGCCUUAUCUGCUGAGUUGAAUUGUUAGAGACAGCAAGCCCACCCAUGUGCCUGCUUCGCCAGAUGCACUGAAUUUCUCGGCUGACUCUGUACCUUACACUACUAACUUUAAUAGAAACACAAACUUGGAAAUUGUGCCGCUGGCCCAGCAAGAGCGUUGUUGGGUGAAUGUGCUGCCGCCUCGAGUCCCAGAGGUAGUAAUGUAAGCAAAGCAAACACCUGAAUAACCAAAGUGAAGGUGGUUGUUCAUGAAAUCAUUUGCCACAGAAGUCCUUCAGAUACCAAGCUCUCUUUGUAUGUCUGUGGCUGUCUCAUUUACCCAAAGCGAGAUAUAGUUGUACACGUCUCAGUGAACCAGUCUGUUUAAGCACUGGCCAGGGCUUCCACACAACUAUUUAUGUUGCCCUAGUUGAUCCUGUUGUUUGCCGCCAUUGGCAGGAAGAAAAGGCAACCGUGCAGUCACUCAUUCGAUUAUAGCUCGUGAACCAGUGAUCCCCAGUCGUUUUCAAGUUAAGACAUGUUACCAUUGCUUGUUUGAUUUUAUGGAACUUGUUCCUUUUUUUCUCUCUAAAGGAAACAAAAGCUUUAUGACAUAUUUAUUUUUUUAAUAAAACUAAGCAAAAAUAAAAGUUAAUUCUUUAAAACUU